AUGGCUUCGAAAAGAGUAGUAGUUGCCGGCGGAAACGGCUUCUUAGGAUCGCGAAUUUGUAAAUCAGCAGUGAACCGAGGCUGGGCUGUCACAUCUCUAAGUCGAUCCGGAGAACCUCGAUGGGAUACUGUUACCAGCUCACGCGAUCGGCCAACCUGGGCCAAUUCGGUUGAAUGGGCUAAGGCAGAUCUACUUAAGCCAGACACAUAUAAACCUUUCUUGCGUGAUGCCGAUGUCGUGGUCCACAGUAUGGGCAUUCUACUUGAAGCAGAUUACAAAGGCGUGGUACGAGGGAAAGAGCCAGUCGUCAGUGGCCUACAGAGGGCUUUCAGCUCGUCGAAGCUGGGUAGCCAGAACCCUCUGACAAGGCGAGAGGGAGAGCCGCUGGAGCCUAAGGAGAGAGACGGACAGUUGACAUAUGAGCUCAUGAACAGGGAUUCUGCCAUUGCACUAGCGCAGGAGUCAUCCUGCGAACAUGUUCCAACAUUCGUAUACAUAUCAGCCGCUGCGGGAGCACCAAUCCUACCCAGUCGAUAUAUCACGACGAAGCGAGAAGCUGAGACAACCAUAGCGUCCGAACUGCCAGAGAUGCGAAGUAUCUUCAUCAGACCGCCCUUCAUGUAUGAUUCAAGCAGAAAAUUCACACUGCCGAUAGCCUUGGGUGGUUUUGUUGCCUCCCAAUUCAACGCUCUCUUAGGUGACAGGCUUCGGUUCCUCGGUGCGAUGGUCGAUAAGCCUUUCCAGGUGGAUCUUGUGGGCGAAGCUGUGGUGGAAGCGAUGGAAGACGAGUCCAUUCGCGGUGCGGUAGGAACGAAGCAGAUCGAAAACCUGGCAACUAAGGCGUGGAGAAAAAGCAUGCUUUGA